AUGCCAGUGAUCGUGAGUGCUGUGAGAACACCCAUCGGAAGUUUUGGCGGAUCUCUCUCUCAAGUGAAGGCUCCGAAGCUGGGGUCUGAAGCCAUCAAAGGAGCGCUGGGCAAGAUAGACCUCCCUGCCAAGUAUAUCGAGGAAGUCUAUAUGGGAAACGUCUGCCAGGCAGGAGUCGGUCAAGCGCCAGCCAGGCAGGCAGCCAUGGGAGCUGGCCUACCGCAGGAGACGAUCUGCACCACAGUCAACAAGGUCUGCGCGUCAGGGAUGAAGUCCAUCAGCCUGGCAAGCAUGGGAAUCAUGCUCGGGCAAUGCAGCGCUGCUGUCGUCGGUGGUUUCGAGUCCAUGAGCAACGCGCCAUACCUGAUCGACAAAGCAAGAUUCGGAGGUUAUCGGUAUGGUGAUGGAAAGCUUGUCGACUCGCUCAUCUUUGACGGGCUAUGGGACCCUUAUGGGGACCAUCACAUGGGGAUCUGUGCUGAGAAAUGCGCCAAGGACUUUGCAAUAUCUCGUGAAGAGAUGGACGAUCAUGUGGUCGAAUCUUACAAGCGCGCAAUCAAUGCGAUUGAGCAUGGACAUUUCGCAGAAGAGAUUGUUCCGGUCCGAGUUAUCAGCCGUGCAGGAGAAGAAAUCGUGAUAGAAGACGAGGAACCGAAGAAGGUGAAGAUAGAAAAGAUCGCACAACUGAAGCCGGCUUUCAAAUCACAGGGGAAGGUGACGGCAGCAAACUCGUCCUCGAUCAACGACGGGGCUUCAGCCCUUGUGGUCAUGUCGCAAGCAAUGGCGAGAGAGCUCAACCUCAAGCCUCUCGUUCGGAUCGUCUCCUUUGCAGACGCGGAACAGGCUCCUAUCGACUUCACAACAACUCCUUCACUUGCCCUUGCCAAGGCCUUCAAGAUCGCUGGUAUGGACAAGCAUGACGUUGACUUGUUCGAGAUCAAUCAGGCUUUCUCGGUGGUCUCCAUCGCCAACCAGAGGAUCCUCAACAUCGACCCCAGCAAGGUUGACAUAUCGGGAGGUGGAGUCGUGCUGGGCCAUCCCAUCGGGUGCUCUGGAGCUCGUAUCGUCACCACCCUCAUCCACAACCUCAUCAGGACGGACAAGACGAUCGGAGCAGCCAGCAUCUGCAACGGAGGAGGAGGAGCGUCCGCCAUCGUCCUCGAGAGGGUUUGACCCUGCGACAAGGAAGCCGCUCUCGAGUUUUUCCCUGCAUGUCUCCUUUGCAGCAGCUCGUACAAGGCGGGGGAUGGAGAAUUCUUUUCGUAAUUUACAGAGGAGGCGUACAAGGACGAGCAUCGGCUCUAUCGACGAUUGAGCGAGGAAAGUCAAAGAGCUAUCGAGGUCACUGACACGCUAUCAAGCCUUCGGCAUCCCUUUCAUGCACUGUCAUAAAAGCUUCAGCCGCC